AUGAAGACCUCAAUCCUUGCCGGUAUGGCCACUGCCAUUUUCGUUCCUCUCACCUCCGCUGCUGCAGUGGCAGCAUCCGUCACACUCAGCUACGAUACACGAUAUGAUAAUGCCGGCCUCGAUCUCUCCCAUGUUGCUUGCUCUGACGGACCCAACGGCCUGAUCACCAAGGGCUACAAGACAGCCGGCAGCCUGCCUAACUUCCCUCAUAUUGGAGGCGUCUUCACCGUCCCACAGUGGAACAGCCCCAACUGUGGUAAAUGCUACAAAGUGACGUACAACGGCAAAUCAAUUCAUGUAACGGCGGUCGACCAUGCCAAUGCCGGCUUCAAUAUCGCGAAGAGAUCGAUGAACGAAUUGACGAACGGACAAGCUGAGCAGCUAGGCAGGAUUCAAGUGAACUACGAGGAUGCCCCGCUGUCUGCGUGCAAAAUGUAG